UACUAUGAAAGCAAGUCAUGCGUUUGCACUACCAUUCAAAUAUUUACGUUAAUUAGUUAAAAUCAUUUCAGUGCAACAACAAACACACUACAUCAAUUAUUUUCUUUCUUUAAUCAAUAUUCAAAAUUGCUGGGAUUUGUUGAUCGCCAUUUUCCCUUAGAAGAAGAUUGAAUUCUUGUUCUGAAGAAGAGGUUACAGUGACAUGGCUUCCAUGGAUAUGAUCAUGCUCAGAAAUCCUCACAAGAAUUGGGUGCAUACUUCUUAUGUUACCACUUAUGGGUUUCUGGCUCAAAUAGGAAAUAUAUUAACAGAGUUUCGUUCUCCCUAAAUUUAGCUCCAUUAAAACACAAACGACUUGGGUUCCAUUGUGUCAUUUUGAUUAUUGUGUUCUUCACGGUUUGUGCAAUCACCCUUCCUUCAUCAGAUAUUUCAAGAUUUAAAAAUCAUUUAUAUGGGCGUUGCAUUUCAAGGUUACUGUGUUCUUCAAGGUUUCUUGACCGCCAUUUUCCCAUAGAGGGAGAUUGAAUUCUUGUGUCAUUUUGAUUAUUGUGUUCUUCACAGUUGGUGCAAUCACCCUUCCUUCAUCAGAUAUUUCAAGGUAAGCUCUCUAUGUAGUAUGUGUUCAACAAAGGCAGUGCACAGGAGAAGCUAAAGAAGAAAUAUAUCAAGGGAGAUUCAUUCUCACUAAAACACAAGCGACUUGGGUUCCAUUGUAUCAUUUUGAUUAUUUUGUUCUUCACAGUUGGUGCAACAAUCCUUCAUCAGAUAUUUCAAGUUACGUUAGAGGAGGUGUUGUUGGGCACAAAUUUAAGGAUUCCUUUGCACUUAGCUCGAGGUCUGCAAGAAGGAUUUUUAUUCAUCCAAGAUGUUGUCCUCUUACCUGAGGUGUUACUAUUGGUACCGCUGUCUUCUCAAAGAUUCAGAUUCAAAGACAGAGAAUCUCUGCAAUGUUCUUUCAAAAUACAAUUUCCAUACACAACUGAAGGGAAUUGAAUAUUUAAAUAGAGCCCAAGGAGUUUCUCCAGUAAGAUGCCAGGCACCUGCACAAGAUGUCCAAUGGUCUGCAAACUCAAUGGCCCUAGUUGACAACAUUCAUAACCCUGUUGUAACAGAGACCAUGAAAGUGAAUGAGGAGUUUAUGAAUUACUCCCAGCCCAUUGAAUGACAUCACAUGGUAUAUGAGAGCUUCGUUACAGAUAAGGAUAUUGUUCUGUUUGGAAAGGGUAUUAACCGUAAACAAGGACUAAAUGUUGCACCACAAGACCUCCGUUGCAUCUUCAAUGGCACAAUAGAAACUACUGCAACUGUAUCUGCACAAGAGGUCUUUAGGUGUGAGCAUCCAGAAGAAGAAGUACUUUAUCAGCUUCUUGGAUCCAAAAUCAUUCUGUCAAUCCAUGGAAACCGUAUUCCUUCUGUUGUUUAUUAUGACAUCCCACCAUCUUAUCACAGACCUCUGCAGUAUGCUCAUGUUAGAACUACGGAAAGCAAGAAGAUGAAAAUGUGUGCCUGCACAGUGGUGUUUAAUGUAGCAAAACUCAUAAGAGAAUGGGUAAUGUACAAUUCCCAUUUGGGUGUAGAGCAUUUCUUUCUGUAUGAUAAUAACAAUAAAGACAAUCUGGAACAAAUUCUUGAAAGCGGGUUGUCAGGGUACAAUGCGAGCAGAUAUCCAUUGCCAUGGGCUAAGACACAGGAAGCAGGAUUUUCACACUGUGUGCUCAUGGCCAGGGAAAAGUGCGAGGGGAUAAUGUAUAACGAUGUGGAUAAGUUUUUAUUCUCUGAUUCUUGGUUGAAUGAGCAGGUGGCUCUUGAGGCCAAGGGCAUUCAGGAAGUAAAACCCAACUGCAAGGAUCUUACUUCAGGGGUUCUCUUGAACAUGGUUACGAGUCUAAGUUCAUAGAGGAAGUAGCCUCCAAGAAUUUCCGAAUCUCAUAUAGGGCAACUUUCCUUGCAGUUUGGGAAUUUUGGGCCAUCAGGGGAUGAGGUGUUACUAUUGGUGCUACUGUCCUCUCCAAGCUUCAGAGUCAAAGACAAAGAAUCUUUGCAAUGUUCUUUCUCAGACGAUUUCUAUACACAACUGAAGGGAAUUGAAUAUUUAUAUAGAGUCCAAGGAGUUGCUGCAGUAAGUUGCCAGGUACCUGCACAAGAUUUCCAAUGGUCUGCAAAAUCAGUGGCCCUAGGUGACAACAUUCAUAACCUAGUUGUAACUGAGACCAUGAAAGUGAAUGAUGAGUUUUAUGAAUUACUCCUAGUCCAUUGAAUGGCAUCACAUGGCAUAUGAGAGCUUCAUUACGGAUAAGGAUGUUGUUCUAUUUGCCAAAGGUAUCAACAAUAAACAUGGACUAAACGUUGCAGCAUGAUAUCCCCAUUGCAUCUUCAAUGGCACCAUAGAAACUCAUGUAACUGUAUCUGCACAAGAGGUCCUUGGAUGUGAGCAUUCAGAAGAAGUAGUACUUUAUCAGCUUCUUGAAUCCAAAAUCACUAUGUCAAUCCAUGGAAAACCUAUUCCUUCUGUUGUUUAUUAUGACAUCCUACCAUCUUAUCAUAGACCUCUGUAGUAUGCUCAGUUUAUAACUACAGAAAGCAAGAAGAUGAAUAUCAUAGAUAUAUAAUGUCAUAUCUUGGUUAGACCAAUUAAUAAGCUUCUAGUGACAUGGCUUCCAUGGAAUUGUGGGCAUUCGAUAUUUUUUGAGUUAAUUGUUGACCUGUUCUUGGUUAAUUUGCAGUUACCUUAGAGGAGGUGUUAUUGGACACAAAUUUGAAGAUUCCUUUGUGCUUAAUGGAGGUUUACAAGAAGGAUUUGGAAGAAAGACAAUAGAGUACAACCUACAGGCAAGUGUUUCACAGAGGAAUCAUUUCCAACCCCUGAAUUUGACCGUGCUCCAAAGCUAUGGAAAAUUAUCCAAGAUCUUGUCAUCUUACAUGAUGAAGUGUUACUAUUGGUCCCACUGUCAUCUCCAAGGUUCAGAUUUGAAGACAAGGAAUGCAAUGUUCUUUCUCAGACAAUUUCUAUACACAACUGAAGGAAAUUGAAUAUUUAGAUGCAGCCAUGCUGCAUGCUGCAUCUAAAUAUUCAAUUCCCUUCAGUUGUGUAUAGAAAUUAACAUUGCAGAGAUUCCUUGUCUUCGAAUCUGAAUCUUGGAGAAGACAGUGGGACCAAUAGUAACACUUCAUCACGUAAGAGGACAACAUCUUGGAUGAAUAAAAAUCCAUGGGUUUGCUGCAUAGUCAGAUUCAAGGGUUGGAAAUAAUUCCUCUGUGAAGCACUUUCCUGUAGGUUGUACUUUAUCAUCUUUUUUCCAAAUCCUUCUUGCAGAUCUCCAGGAAAGCGCAAAGUGCAAAGGAAUCUUUAAAUUUCUUUUUAAUUACAACUCUACGUAACUGCAAAUUAACCAAAUGACAAGUCAACAACUAACUCAGAAAAAUAUGGAACGCCUACAAUUCUCAGCCGCUGUGUCAUCUGUUGCAAGCACAAGAAGGUUAUCCACUAUGGCUGGAUAUUACAAGGACAAAAAUACUUCUGUGGCAGUACCAGAGUUUGAGGAUCUAUAUCAUCUUUCACUAAGAACACAGUAAGGCUUACAGGUUGUAUAACCCUCACACAAAUAGCAUUCUUGUAUCAAGAGAUGUCAUUUUUGAUGAAGGGGGACUGUAUUGUCAUCAAAAAGACUAUGAUGAGAAGUUUAAAUCUCUUUUGAGUCCUUGACACUUUAUAUACACAACUGAAGAGAAUUGAGUAUUUCGAUAGAGUUCAAGGAGUUGCUGCAGUAAGAUGCCAGGCACGGAGCACCUGCACAAGAUGUCCAAUGGUCUGCAAGAUCAGUUGCCCUAGUUCACAACAUUCAUAACCCUGUUGUAACAAAGACCAUGAAAGUGAAUGCUGAGUUUAUGAAUUACUCCCAGCCCAUUGAAUGGCAUCACAUGGUAUAUGAGAGCUUCAUUACAGAUAAGGAUGUUCUGUUUGCCAAAGGUGUCAACCAUAAACACGGACUAAAUGUUGCAGCAUGAAACCUCUGUUGCAUCUUCAAUCGCAAAAUAGAAAGUACUUUAACUGUGUCUGCAGUUGCACAAGAGGUCUUUAGGUGUGAGCAUCCAGAAGAAAAAGUGCUUUACCAGCUCCUUGGAUCCAAAAUCACUCUGUCAAUCUAUGGGGACCCUUUUCCUUCUGUUCUUUAUUAUGAUAUCCCACCAUCUUAUUACGGACCCCUGCAGUAUGCUCAUGUUAGAACUACAAAAAGCAAGAAGAUGAAACUAUGUGCCUGCACCUUGGUGUUUAAUGUUGCAGAAUUCAUAAGAGAAAGGGUAAUGUACAAUUCCCAUUUUUGGUGUAGAGCAUUUCUUUCUGUAUGAUAAUAACAGAGAAGAUAAUCUGGAACAAAUUCUUGAAAGUAGGUUGUCAGGGUACAAUGUGAGCAGAUAUCCAUGGCCAUGGGCUAAGACACAGUAAGUUAGGUUUUCACACUGUGCUAUCAUGGCCAGAGUUGAAUAAGCAGGUGGGACUGGGUCCUCAGGCCAAGCGCAUUCAGGAAGUAAAAGCCAACAGCAAGGAUCUUACUUCAGGGGCUCUCUUGAUUGUGGUUACAAGUCUAAGUUCACAGAGGAAACAGCAUUCAGGAAUUUCCGAAUCUUAUAUAGGUCAAGUUUCCUUCAAGUGUGGGAAUUUUGGGCCAUCAGGGCUUACUAAACACCCUGACAGAGGGGUAACCCAAGGGUACACUGCAGAGAGAGGCUGGAGAAAAGGUUCAAGUCCAUACUUUUGUUGGAAGCUGCCUCUCCUUCAUUGUAGAAUGUAAUACACUGUUUCCAGCUGAACAAGGGAUACAAGACAUUAUAAAUGCAGUCCUCCAUGGCAGUGAUAAAUCGGUAUAAAUAUUAGGCAUGGAAUGAGUUUAAGGUCAAGUUUAGAAGGAGAGUGUCUGCUAUGUUGUGGAUUUGAGUGGCUCUAAACAUUCUGCUUCUCAGGACAGAACACCUGGCCUUAGCAAUAAGACCAUUCAGCCACAGGAUUGGGGACAUAGAUUUUGUGCGGUGAAUGAUACUGCAUUGAAAGAUUUUGCAAUCAGGGUGUUUUCUUUGAGUAACGAGCCAACUUCCAAACUAGAAUGGCAGUUAUAAAUCUAAUGUUUAAUGCUCAUAUACCUCAAAUCCUGUUUGCUUGUAUAUAUAUAAACAAAUCGAUAUUUGAGGGGUGAUUCAUUGCCCCAUGUUUAAACUUGACAAUUUGAACUUAAUGCCAAAGGCAAACAGGGUAGAUCAAUCUUUUAUAGCGGAAGCCGUAUUUCAAAGCAUAUGUUAAGUAAAAGAGCAUAUUUGUAUAAUGAUAUGUUUCACCAGGACAAGUCCUAUUUCAAAGAAUUUGGUGAAAA